AUGGAGGAAACUCCUCAUCCGGUGCCAAGGGCCGUGGAGGAAGUCUUCAACAAUUUCAAAGGCUGUCGAGCUGGUCUCCUCAAAGCUCUUACUACUGAUGUGGAGAAGUUUUAUCAGUCGUGUGAUCCAGAAUGUGUUGAAAUCUGCUUACUUUUUCUUAAGGAGCGUGAUAUUCUAGAGACUUGUCACUAUUUGAGUAGUGGAUUCCAUAGACAGAUAUUCAGUGAUUGUUUUGUCCUGUGGAAGUCCGCAUUCUUCGUGCUUGAAGGUAAAAGUUCCUACCGGUUGCGUGGAGAAGCGGAGAGUAUUCGACUUUGCUAUCGCCAUAAUUCGGGACAGUGA